AUGGAUAGAGAUUUUAACAAGGCCAACUUUGAAGCUAUUGGUAGGUAUUUGAGCGACAUUGAUUGGAUUGGAUCCUUUGCAACUGUAAACACCAUAGAUGGGAAAUACGAACUAUUCCUUGCUAUACUAAACGACGCUAUAAACAUUUUUGUUCCAUUAGUACACAUGUCGAAGAACGCCCGUUACAAAAUCCCGCAAUAUCUCGAGAGAAUGAUUUCUCUAACGAAGUCGCCUAUGGAAGGAUGCGCAAACUGGGAUAGAUAUAAAGUUUUUGACAAGAAGCUCACUAAAUGUAUGGUCAAGUAUAAUACAUAUUUAGAAAGGAAAGAUCCCACUAAGCUAUUUACCUACAUCACCAAACGUCUCAAAGAUACAAAGAAGAUACCAGCAUUACGUGUCGAUGAAGCCAAAAUAAUUAUACUUGACCAUGAUAAGGCAGAGGUACUUGCUGAAUCAUUCCAGAAGGUUUUCACAGAAGACAGUGAUACUGUUUUGGACGAAUUCCCAUCAGGCACUUCUUCUAUGGAACCAUCACUAUGGUUUCAUAGGGAUGAAAUAUACCGACUGCUGUCAAAAUGGCCUAGUUCCUACUCUAUAACACCAGAUCUCGUACCUUUCAAUUUCAUUAAGAACAUUGCACAGUAUAUAGCUUUUCCACUGGAGCUCCUCUUCAAUUUAUCGUAUAUGAGAUCUGAAGUUCCAUCUCGGUGGAGGCAUUCCUUCGUUGUGCCCAUACCCAAAAAACCUCCUUUCAGUGAUCCUUCCAAUUAUCGUCCAAUA